UUGCUAUCCGCGUUUCUAACUCAACUCUUAACAGGGUAUAAUGUUACUUUUCGUUUUGUAGGGAGGAGUCAGACGUUAUUUUCUUUAUUAAAGUGACAUGUUUAUUGAAUUAACAGUAAUUAUACAACAUGUAUCGCACCACGUAUCCAUUAUGUAGUAUAUGCAGGUUGUAGACGUAAAGCUUUUGAUCGGUAACGAGAUAAUUUUUGGUUAAAAAAAAAGAUCGAAGGAAACUGACGGAACAGGAAGGCGGAACAAGAUCACAACCUGAGUCGAAACAAAUACCAAAAGACAGUCCAAGACAAAAAAUCGACGCUGGUUGUUUACACAACCUUUUGACUGCUUUCAUUUCAGUACAUAAUCCACCUGACCAAUUCAACAGUACAUAAUCCACCUGACCCAUUCAAACAAAUCCUCCCGGUGCCACAUGCAACCAUGUCCAUGGCCCUGAAACAAGUCUUCAACAAAGACAGGACAUUCCGGCCCAAGCGCAAGUUUGAGCCCGGGACGCAGCGCUUCGACCUGCACAAGAAGGCCCAGGCAUCUCUGAAUGCGGGGCUAGACCUGAAGCAGGCCGUGCAGCUGCCCCAUGGCGAGGGCCUUAACGACUGGGUGGCUGUCCACGUGGUCGACUUCUUUAACCGCAUCAACCUCAUCUAUGGCACCAUUAGCGACUCCUGCACCGAUCAAACUUGCCCCGUCAUGUCCGGUGGGCCCAAAUACGAAUACCGCUGGCAGGACGAGCACAAAUACAAGAAGCCGACGGCACUGUCGGCCCCCAAAUACAUGAGCCUGCUCAUGGAUUGGAUUGAGGUACAAAUCAACAAUGAGAACAUCUUCCCCACCAACGUUGGUACUCCCUUCCCUAAGACCUUCAUGCAGGUGGCUAAGAAGAUUUUGUCUCGUCUGUUCCGGGUGUUUGUCCACGUCUACAUCCACCACUUUGACCGCGUGAGCCAGAUGGGGGCCGAGGCUCACGUCAAUACCUGCUACAAGCAUUUCUAUUACUUUGUUACAGAGUUCAACCUCACGGACCAUAAAGAGCUGGAGCCUCUGAAAGAAAUGACCUCUCGAAUGUGUCACUGAGGGAGCAUGACUGACCUGUGGACACGCCGGACCAACACAUCCGUCCAUUCAGAAGACUGCAGAACAAAAAGAACAAACAAAUUAACAAGAGUCUAUUUUUAUAUUUAAGUACUGUAAUCUAUUUUAGCCACAUACUGUAGGUUUUAACCUUGUCAGAUGAGGUGUUCUGUUCUCUUUUUUUU